AUGACCCAGAGGCAAGCCGGUCCGGCGAAGGGUUACAUUUGCGUUAUCCAAAUUGGUAUACUAUGCAUUUUGGUGAAAUCUGUCGUGCUUAUUGGACUGGGCGCGUUCUAUACAGUAGGCAUGAUUGAAGCAAACACAAGUAGAGGUGCUAAGCAUUCUGCUUCGGACGAGGCAUCGACAUGCAGUGCCACUUCGUCGAUUUGGUUGGUAUGGGGAUUUCCCGGAUUGGAGUUUGCCGGCACAGGUGCUGUAUAUGUGAACUGGCACUCCGAACUCUAUCACGGGAAAUGGAGACGUGUCCAUAUCCAACGUGGUAUACCAGCUCCAUUCACCGAGUCAGCAAAGGAUAUGCAUAUAAUCGGUACUGCGGCAAUGCUGAGGCGCAUUUUGGUGAUCCGCUGCACUCUGAUAUUGCUGGAAUAA